AUGGCCCCCUACCUAACCCACCUCUCCACAACCCUAGCCCAAGCCCGCCUCAACCUCACCACCCGCAUCAUCCACAUCCGCACGGGCUUCCGCGCCGGCUAUCCAGACCUGCACCCGCGCAACCCGUCCUUCGCGCGCGUCGUCCCAAAAGCCACCUACACCGAGCACGACCCGGAGUCUCAAUUCCACCCGCUCGUGGAGCCGCAGACCGGCGACCUGGUCGUCACCAAGCGGCGCGUGUCCGCCUUUACGGGGACGGAUCUGGAACUGCUGCUGCGGUCGCUGGGGACGGAGCAGGUUGUGGUCGUGGGGCUGAUUACCAGUGGGGCGGUGCUGUCGACGGUGCGGCAGGCGGCGGAUUUGGAUUUUGGGGUUACGGUGCUGAGGGAUCUUUGUAUGGAUCGGGAGGAGGAUGUGCAUGAGGUGCUUAUGGAGAAGGUGUUUAGUAGGCAGGCGAGGGUGGUGGAUUCGGGGGUUUGGUUGGAGGGGUUGUGA